GGGAGAAUAGAUGGCCAUUUCCGUACAGUGGGGCUCUCUUUGAAAUUCCACCCUCCGCCUUUGUUGUGCACAGCGAGGGGCGGGAAGACAAACAGGUCCACAUGUAUAAAGAGAUCAUCCCAGAGCUGUGCGUCAGGAGACCUCCAAGCAUCGUUCCGAAACUUCUCUCUGGAAAGUUUGGAUUCAGGACUCAAGGCCGCCUUGGACUUUGUCACACCGUUAUUUUUUUUUUUACUGAAUCAGAGGGGAAGGGAUUUUUUUUCCUUGCUACACCGCAGAGAGCUUCAUUUGAGUGGAGAAUCAUGCAGAUGCUGUCAGUGCAGUGCUUCGUGGCUGUCUGUGUCACGCUCUUUGGAUACCUUGGGGAAGUUUACGCGGGGACAGUUCUAAUGAACUCCAACGCCAUCAAAAACUUGUCCGGUACUUCGGCUGGGAAAGGAGCGGACACUGUCAGCCCGAGUCCGCGCACUUCACCAUCCGGCAUUGGACACAAAUCUCCCGUGGACACCUUGCAGUCCAGUGUGUGCAUGGAUGAUGAAGACUGCGGAGGUGAUGAAUUCUGUAACGACGCCCGCGGCGCCUGUCUGCCCUGCCGGAAGAGCCGGAAGCGCUGCUCACGGGACUCUAUGUGCUGUGCUGGAAACCGCUGCAGCAACGGUGUUUGUCAGGCAAAUGACAUAGAUAGCACAGAUGCAUCCAUCAUCCCUGGAUGGCACAAACACAACAACACCAUGGAGCAUCACAGCAAGAAGCCUCCCUCUACCCACAACCACCAGCCCAAUGCUGUUAAAGGCCAAGAGGGGGAUACUUGUCUGCGAUCCACAGACUGCUCUGAGGGUCUGUGCUGUGCCAGACACUUCUGGUCUCGCAUCUGUAAGCCGGUGCUGACAGAAGGCCAGGUGUGUACGCGCCACCGCAGGAAAGGCACCCACGGUUUGGAGCUGUUCCAGCGCUGCGACUGUGGUGACGGCCUGGCCUGCAGACCAGAGAAAGGAGAGCGAGACCUCAGUGUCAGCAGGACGGCAGCCCGGAACCUACACACCUGUCAGAGACGCUGACACAAACGCGUGGACGCUCAGAGACACACACACCCUGCAAACCUACAAAUCAGUCACAGACACUGCUGACACACAGAUACCCAACACCUAAGACAUCCUUUCCUGCCAAAGUUGCUGACACAAACACAGCAGCCGGAAGGAUAGACAUGAUUCCUGGGAAAGGUGAUACACCCGGAGGGAUGCGAAAAGUGUAGGGUGGACUGAUCCAGUCCCUCAUCAACAACAAACUGGAAGUUAGAAAGUGACUAAGUCUUGGGGAGAUCGAUUCAUGUCAUCGAAAAUGGCAGUGCAGUUUUGUUUCUCUUUUUAUGAAACUUCAAGCCUCGGUUAUUGCAGUAAAUUACUGUAUUGUAAAUAUUUCCUGGAGGUGGCACUUAAUUACUAUUUGUCAACACCAGUAUUAUAAGGACAUGGUGCUGCAUGGUUACAUUCACAAUGUAAAUGUGUACACAACGUAAUGUUAUAUACUGUGUAAAUUACUAUAUUUUUAAUUUACAUGUAAAAAAUGUAAAUACGUAUAUUUCUUUUAUUAAACAUACUCAAACAUGA